AUGUCACCGAUACCGUCGCUCCUCCUCCUCAUCAUCAUACCCGCCGUCCUCGCAGCCGACGGCGGGAAGAAAAAGCUGAUGCACAUCCACCAGUACACGCACGAGACGCUCUCGGGCCCGAACGCCAUGGAGGGCCUCCUCGUGCCAUCCCCCUUCGACGCCAACGCGAUGUUCGGGCAGGUGGCCGUGUUCGACGACGAGCUCCGCACCGGUCGGGAGCGGGACUCGCCACUCGUGGCGCGGUACCAGGGCAUCAUCGUCGCCAUGGGGCAGGUGCUGCAGGGCCACCUGACGGUUGCCACCGUCGUGUUCGUCACCGGGGAGCACGCCGGGAGCGCGCUGUCCGUGGAGGGCUGCUUCCAGGGCUUCCAGGGAACCUCCAAGCGCAACAUCGUGGGCGGCAGCGGCAAGUUCAGGAUGGCGCGCGGGUACUACCUGCUCAAGCUCCUCAGCCAGAUGUCGCCAGCCACCGCCGUCUCCGAGGUCGACUUCUUCGUGCUCCCGUGCGACAGCGCCUACCUUUAA